CUCGUCUGUGUGCAUUGACUGACGUGAACCACACGCCUCCCACACACUAAGUGGAGGCGUUGCACGGUCAAAAAGAAGUGUCCACCCAUCCGCCGGCCACCACAUACACCCGCAUACAAACACAAACACUUCCCCCUCCCUCCCUAUCCCUUGAUAACGGCCAGCGGUCUCAGGCGUACGGUCUUCUUGGAUAUGCCCGCCUCAUGGCACGUAGCAACGACACUCUCCACGUCCUUGUACGCAACGUCGGCCUCCUCGGCCGCCAGGCGGGGCUGAGCGAUCCGCACCUCUAUGCCGCUUGACCUGUGAGCAGGCAGGUAGGCACACCAACACACACGCACAUGUGACCCGUGUGUGUGGGGGGCAUGCUGCACACGUGCCUGAGGCGGUUGAGCACACAGUUGGAGUCGUUCUCUCGCAACGCCUGGGAGCGGCUCAACGCACGACCUGUCCACACACACAGAGGUUCGUGUGGCUCACACAACUUGGGUUUGAGGCAUCGCUCCCUGUGUCCCUGGCUGCCUGGGUACCUGCGCCAUGGCAGGUGGAUCCGAAUGUCUCCUCCAUGGCCUUGUGGGUGCCCGUGAGGACAUAGCUGCAGGUGCCCAUCGAACCACCAAUCAACACAGGCUGGCCGACCCCACGGUACCUGCAUGGCAUUCAUACAAUACGCACACAUACGAAAGACAUAACCAAUCGUUCGUCGAGCGUCCGUGUCACUUUUCGGGUAUUUCUGGGUGGCCAGGGGGGAACGCACGUGUGGCUGCACAGCACGGCACAACCGAAAUGACGGACCGCAGAAUGUAUGUAUGUUUGCUGGUGUUAUAAUUGGUCCUCACCUCCCUUCCGGUGUACGAGGAGUAUCCGCGUCGGGCCGCCCUCCUCAGCGGGUCGGUGCUCCUCAACCUUGGCGAUGUUGUGGGCCACGUCAUACACAACAUACAAACCCAACUCACGCGCAUCGCCGUCAAACACAUCCGUCACGGCCUUGCGCGCCGAGUGAGCCAUCAGGGUCCGGUUCACGAAGGCGUAGUUGGCGGCAGCUGGGGAACGAAGGGAGAUGGAAAAUGUGAGUGGGUGGUGGGUGAGGGUGCUGGUACGGUGUACCUGCCAUUGCCUGGAGGUAGUUCUGUCCCUCAGGUGAUUUGAUGCGGACGGCGGAUAGCUGCCGGUCAGGCACCUUGACGCCGCUCGACUCCAUCACCUGUACGCACACAGUCGCACGUGUGUGUCAGAUACACGCCAGACUCUGCUCUGCGUGUGUGUGAGGCCUGUGUGCGCAGGUACCUGUAGGGCGUCAGUGCAGACCUGGUGUCCGAGUCCCCGUGAGCCCGAGUGGAUCAUGAUGCACACGUUGCCCUUCUCCAGACCCAUUGCCGAUGCCGCAGCCUCGUCGAACACCUCGUCCACCACCUGCACACAGCCAUGCAGCCAUUCAUCAUUGACCAUACACCAUGACGAGCCGCACGCCGUGUGAUUGUCGGUCGGUGCACCUGGACUUCGAUGUAGUGGUUGCCGCUGCCGAGCGUCCCCAUCUGGGGCAUACCGCGCUUGCGCGCACGGCUGCUCACCUACACACACGCAGAGAGACAGAGAGACAGAGAGAGAGGGAGAGAGAGAGAGACUCUGCUGCUGGUUGUGGUUGGGUCGAUCGGAUACUUACCUUGUUGGGGUCUGCGUCUUUGAAGCAUCCCUGUUCUUCGCAGCACUCGAGGUCCUCCAGCCAGCAGUAGCCGCUCUCCAAACACCAACGCAUACCACUCUGGUAGACGGACAACAAUGGUGACAGCAGUGUCGCACAAAAUGGGAUGGAUGUACGUAUGGUCCCGUGCCCUGUUCGCUGCGCACCUUGAGCGCGUUCUUGAGGUCGGCUUCCGUCGCAAUGUAGGCGCCACUUGACCCCACCUGUGUGUGGGCAUAUACGGGUGCACGGUUGCGUGUCUGUCUGUCCGCCAUAUGCUGUGUAUCAUAGUACCCCAGUGGGGAUGGCGUCAUAGAGGGCGGUGGCGAGUUUGCGCAGACGCUUGGGGUCGCCGUUGUGAUACAAAUCACCCUCCUGCCAUCGCACAACACAACACACCACCCAAACACAGCACACGCGUUGCUUGGCCGACAGCCAGAAAUGUCUCGUGAGGACAGGCAGACCUUGAGGUUGCUUCUGAGAAGCCGCACACCACAGUUGAUGUCGAAACCUACCUGCAGAGACAUACACACCGUACCGUCAGAACGUCUCGUGUCACGCGCGUGUUUGCGUGUCCAUGUGUGGUGUGCAGUGGGUGGCUGGGCUGCGUACCCCUCCAGGCGAGACGACUGCGUUUGGGUCAGUCGUGUCCAUGGCCGCCACGCACCCCACAGCAAAGCCAUACCCGCUGUGGAUAUCGGGCUGCACACACACUCACACACACACACACACACAUGGCUGUCUGUGCAUCGAUAUGCCUGCGGUGCAUGUGCAUACCUACCAUGCCCAGUGAUGACCCGACAAUGCCUGUAAGACAUCAGUAAAGAUGGCCGGUCCGUUUGGAUGUGAAGGUGCGGUGCGUGCCGGGUGGUGGGCUGACCGGGAAGGCAUGCGACGUUCGCGACCUGCUUGAGGGCGGGAAGGAAGCUGCCACUCGACUCUACACAGAUCGACGGAUGGACGGAUGGGUGGACGACACGGUGUGUGCGCGUCAGUGAGUGUGUUGGCGUAUGCAUGUGGCUGCGUACUGAGCUCUGCAAUGAUCUGCACGGCCAGGUGUUGGUCCGCGUAGAUGAGACCUUCAACGUUCAUCUCAAACCCGCCCUUGGGCUUCACGAAACACUUGCCUACACACACACAGAAAGGCGCAUGAGUGAGUAAACCGAUCAACCAUUCGUUGAUUGACACACAACACAAACAGGGUCUCGUCACGCACAACACGAACACCCACACCGACUGCAUGAAGUCCAGGCCCCACAACACGGCCACGUGCAGUCACGAGCAGGCAAUCAGUGACUGACCAAUGCGCCACUUGUAUGGUCCAACUGGCGUGAUGUCCUCAGGCAGGUGCUUGAGGCCAGCACCCACCAGCACGAACGACACCAUCUCGCCAAACUCGCCCUCAUACGCCACACCAGCCUCUUGCUCGCCCUUGCUCUGCUGCUCUGCUCUUUCCUGCACCCUCUCCCUGCGCCGCCGCUCCUGCUUCUCCUUCUUCCUGGCCUUCUUGCCCUUCGGCUGGCCCCCAGACGCUGACGCUGCUGCUGCCGCCGGUCCUGCCACUUCUUCAUCAUCAUGCCCGCCCGUCUCCUGAUGCUCCUCUUCCAUCUCGUUCUCAUCCUCGUGCUCAUGCUCUCCCUCAUCGGACGGCUCCCUCUCCUCCGCCGCCAGUGCCUCGAACGGAUUGGUGCUCAU